CGAUCUUUCCAGGAGAACAAUGGGAAAGAAGGCCAGCCAAACGUGCGCCCCCGGCGACGGCGACGCCGAUAGCGGAGCCAAGCUCUUCAAGGCCAAGUGCGCGACGUGCCAUACGUGCAACGAGGGCGGGCCGAACAAGCAGGGACCCAACCUGUUUGGCGUGAUGGGGAGGCAAUCGGGCCAGGUCGAUGGCUUCAAGUACACGGCCGCCAACAAGGGGUCGGGCAUCAUGUGGGCCGAGCAGACCAUGUUUGACUACCUCGCCAACCCGAAGAAGUACAUCAAGGGAACCAACAUGGCCUUCCCGGGCUUCAAGGCGGAGAAGGACCGCGCGGACGUGAUCGCGUACCUCAACACGAUGAAGUAGGGCGCGCGCGUCUCGCCGUGAAGUAGCCGUGCGGCUGAGGGUCUCCGCCCGGGUCGGCGGCCGCCGCCAACCGGACGCCAGCUUGUCGACGGCCGGUGCCGGGCUUGAGCCGCGGGAUUGGAGCUGCGUGCAAGUGGCCGACAGCCGCUGCUCGUCUCUCCUCUCCUCGUGGCCAAUCCCGUCUGUGUGUGCGCCCCCCUGCCCGGUCGGGCGCUUUCAGCUUGCCACAUCUUUGCACCGCACGUGUGCCUUGUGUCGGGAGGUCCCCGUGUGGGUUGCUGUAUUUCGUAGUCGGUCGCAUAGGUCUUAACUCAGAAAGAGCGGACCAAA